UCUUGCUUUUGCAAACGGCCGACCUGCCACUCAUACCCGCACACCCACACAGUAUGUUCCUCACCUGAGAGCUGAUUGCGAGGCUUUAUCAAAAAUCUGGCCAAGCGGGUUACACAGUGUUUGAACUAGACAUACCAUGUACGGUACAAGUACCUUCGACCCCUGGCCGCCUCUUUUCACGCCUAGCUGCCCUGUCCAAGGCUUUCGACCUCUUUCCAGUUUCGCUUGUUUCUUGCUAGCCUCUUAUCCGGAUGUUGGCCACCUCAUUGAGCCCGGGAUCAUAACACCACGUGAGCGCCUUCCACCUCUUUAUAAUUCCGAUGGCGUCUCUUCGCUCACCGCUCCCCUGGCUUGCACCACUUCCUUCCAACCGACUCAUCCUGGAGACCGACGCUUUUUGUCGACGAUAACACCCACCCACACUCGGACCGUGAUCUUGCAAACCACGGGGCCUUCCAUCUCACAACCUUUCCACCUGCCAACCCGGCCAACCGGAAUUCACUGUCACCUCUCUCUUCCAACCAACCAAGCAACCAACAUGGCCAAGCUCAGAUGUUCAUUCGAGGGCUGCAAGAAGGCCGCUGAGCGCUACGUGGGGGACUGCACAUUCUGCCAGGGGCACUUCUGCAGCAGCCAUCGCCUAUUAGAGGACCACAAGUGCCAGAACCUCGAGGACUGCAAAAAGGAGGCCUUUGAGCAAAACGCGAACCAGCUCAACAAGGAGCGGACGCAGGUCAUCAAGACGGCAUAAGAACGCUCACUACGAAACCUACUAUCUAUGCACCAUUCGGAACUUCGACGCCGAUACUACGAACCGCUUGUGGCCAUAACGAAAACGGUUUGCACCGAUGACAUGGCACGAACAAGGGCCGGAUGGCAACACACCCAACGCAGGGACCACGUCGCCACGUCACAGCCGACACCGCUGCUCGAAGCGCCGGUGUAGCUCACUUUUCCACUCGUCAACUUCGAACCUCGACUCGCGACGGAGGGCAGUAUAGGGAUGCCUGGAGUACAAACGAGGCAGCGUGUCCUUAUUCAUUUUAGCAUGGCGUCAAGGGAGGGUUUUUAGCAUAUUUCCCUCUGCUUUGAGUUUCAGGAACGAGGGGAUCGCAAUUGAUUUGUCAUGAAGAUAUUCGCUUCAUAGAAGUGCAUAGAGGAG